GAGGAGUUUACUCCAAGUACCUGUGUAAAUGUGAAGGUGAAAGUUGUGUCUCAGUUUAGACCUGAAGUGUAGAUUGUUCUGUAAAACGUGUAGAUAUGCACAUAUAGUCACUAUUAGAGUGGUUAUAGAUUUAAAUCAACUAUUUUGAAUGUGAAGUGGAGGACGUGAAGACCAGUAAAGUUAAAAUGGCAGAGUCCAGAGUUCAUACUCAGUUUAAACUCACCUCAGAAGACUAUGUGGAGGCUGAUGUUGGUGAAGAGGUCACCCUCCCCUGUCACCUCUCACCUGACACCAGUGCUGUUGCCACGACGAUCAGGUGGUUUAAAGAGACAGAGUGUAUUUACCUGUAUCAGAAUGGCCAGGUGACAGAGAGGAGUGGCUAUGAGGGCAGAGUGAGUCUGAUCACCCAGGAGCUGGAGAGAGGCAACGUGUCUCUGAGGCUGAGAGACUUCAGGAGGUCAGAUAGAGGAGUCUACAUAUGUCAGGUCAUCCAUGGAGAACAGAAGGAGGAGGCUGCAGUGGGUUUAUGGGAUAGAGAAGCCUCAGGAUCACAGUAUUUACUACAUGAGACCCAGGAGGACAAGCUGAAGAGGGAGGCAUCAGCUGGUGAGCUUGGUAAGUAUGAGAGAGUCUGGAGGAGAGAGGGUUGAAUCAGGGAACAUGAGUGAUGUCAUUCAGUUUUUCAGACUAAUUCAUUUGUAAUGUAUCAAAUAGUCAAUAGACCAGUUGAUGAUUGGUUCAGCUCAGAUAACUGUUGACUGUAGGAAAUAA